UUUCUUCCCUGCGUUGCUCGCUGUAUCUGGAGUUUUGGCCAAACUGGGAUGAAUGUCUCAGUUCAGCUGUGCAAUGCUGUCACUAUCCACAGUACAAAACCAAGCCUGAAAUACAGAAAGAAAAAUGUGGAAACAGGGAAAAGGUCUAUGUAGGGACAUGAUCCAAAACCAUAUUGAAAAUGGAAACGAUGUUAAACUACAUAAGAAAAAUAAAAAUCUUACAUUUGUAAUGUUAUUUGAACAAAUGUAGAUCAUGGACGUUUCUGUUGGCUGGCUAUACCCCUUUGAACAAAUUCUACAAUUAUUUGACUUUAGUGUAUCGUAGUUAUUAAGACUUUAUUCUUCAGCUUAGCUUUUGUGGUUUCAUAUUCCAAGCAACAGAAUAAGUUAUCUUGUAUAAUGGAAUGAGGUAUCUUCUUUCCAGGUAGGAGAAGGAUGCUGUAGCCAUUACAGUGCUGGCCAGUAUCUUGAAGCACCUGUUUUGUUUUUUUUUUUUCCUACUCUGCCACAGAAUUCCUCAGUGAAGUUGGGAUAAAUGGGUGUAUAUGACUUUUCCCCUGAUCUAAAGCAGUUCCAUGUCUUGUUUGGACUGUUCCUGUAUUCUGCGUACGCCAGUUGAAUCAAUCAGACCAGAAGAGCUAUCUCAGAGCAGCGUCCAUGAAUGCCUGGCUGAUUCUGAUCUAGCCUGGAUUCCCCCAUCUACAGGAAGGAAUGAAAUGGUAUUUUGCUCUUCUAAUGUCUCUCACUAUGAACUCCAGCUGGAAAUAGGUAGGAGGUUCAACAACUUAACUUCAGUCUACCUUGCACGGCAUACGCCUACAGGCAUGCAAGUUGCUGUAAGGAUCACAGACCUAGAAAAUUGCUCUGAAGAGCAUUUGAAAGCCUUACAGAAUGAGGUGGUUUUAUCCCACUUUUUCCAGCAUCCCAACGUAAUGACGCUUUGGACAGUGUUUACAGCUGGUAGUUGGCUUUGGGUUAUCUCCCCAUUCAUGGCCUAUGGUUCAGCUAGACACCUGCUGAAGACUUACUUUCCUGAAGGAAUGAGUGAAGCUUUAAUAGGGAACAUUCUGUUUGGUGCAAUCAGAGGAUUAAAUUACAUGCACCAGAAUGGCUACAUUCACAGGAAUAUUAAAGCUAGCCACAUUCUGAUUUCAGGGGAUGGGCUGGUUUCUCUCUCUGGCUUGAGCAACCUCUACAGUUUAGUUAACAAUGGACAAAAGUCAAAGGUGGUAUAUGAUUUCCCCCAGUUUAGUACAUCCGUGCUUCCUUGGCUGAGUCCUGAACUACUGAGACAGGAUUUGUCUGGGUAUAACAUGAAGUCCGAUAUUUACAGUGUGGGAAUUACAGCAUGUGAAUUAGCCAACGGACAUGUUCCAUUUCAAGAUAUGCCUCACACGCAGAUGCUGCUGCAAAAGCUGAAGGGUCCCACAUACUGUCCUUGGGAUAUAAAUACCUUUCCCCGUGGGGAAUCCAGGAUGAAGAAUUCCCGAUCAGGUGUUGAUUCUGGAAUUGGUGAGAGCAUGACACGCACAAUGACCAGUGAAAGACUACAAAUUCCCUUUUCCAAAACGUUUUCACCUGCUUUCCACAACUUGGUAGAACUUUGCUUGCAACAGGACCCUGAGAAAAGGCCAUCAGCAAGCAGUUUGCUUUCGCAUACGUUCUUCAAACAGAUAAAAGAACAAACACAGAAUUCACUACUGUCUCUAUUACCACCUCCUAAUCAAAAUAACAGAUCAGAGUUCUUGGCACUGCCCUCAACAGCAGUCGGGACUGAACUUGGAUGUAUUACUGCAAAUCAAGAUGAUACAGACUGGGAAUUCUAAAUAAAUAGCAAACAAUCAUACCUCUCCUGUGCUUCAAAGAAGGAAAAUGUGAUUUGUAUUUGCUGCUUUAGUUUGUAUGGUUAAAAUACAAUUAGACAAGGUAUACUUGAAAAUGCCAUUGAAGUGGCCAUAUUUUCAUUAACUACUUCCUCUGUCGGCAUCAUGAAGUGCAGCGUGCCUCACUUUCUGACAAUAAGGAAGACUGUAUAUAGAGAAUGGCUGAAUGCUUAUCUCCCUCUUUCAAAAUAUUUCUUAAGAAGAGAGUUCCUGCUGUAAUCUUACUCUGUACUGUAUUUUCAGCUCAUUGCUGCAGUCCAUGUGCCUUUCUGAAUUCAGGCUUGGGUUUUGUCUGUGAUCUUACAUAAUCAAUCUAUUUGUCUUUUCAUUAUCACCCAAAUUAUUUUAGUAAGGAGAAAUCCUCCACUUCCAAGUCUAAAUUUGAAACUGCACAAAUUAGUUCCUUAUGCAAAUAAAUGUUUCUCUUUUCACAUGUCCCAAAAGGUAUUUUUCUCACUUGAUGUGCUGUCAUACUUGCCAAAAGUUAGCUAUACAUCAUUUUUCAUGCAGUUUUAAUACUGCAUGUUUCCCAAAGAAGUUAAGCUACUUGAAAAUGUGACUUAUACUCUUCCAUUUGUGUAUAUUCUUAGUACAGAUUUGUACUUUUGCAUCUCCAUUUAUUGUUGUUGUCAUUUUAGCAAUUAAUCUGAGGACCCCUUACUAUGCAAAGUAAGUCUCAAGUUAUAGCAGGAACAGGUUAAUUUUGAAGAAUCAUAUUAAAUAAUCUAAAGUUACUGUACAUAUUUUUAUUUAUACUCUAUUCUUGUUCACCACCAGAGCUUACCAGAAUCUAACACUGUUCUCUUAGAAGAACAGGCAACAUGCAUUAAGCUUCACUGGCACUGCUGCUGGCAAACAAGCCUCUUCUGCAAGGCACAGUUACGUUGCCAUGGAUAGAUUCAGCCAUAACAAGAACCUAAUAACACCCCCAGGAUCCUAGUGAAUUUAUCUGUUUUAAGUGAGAUGAAAAACUGCCUUUCUUCUCCCUACAAUUCAGUAAGUUCUCAACUCUUAUACUGUACUAGGCAACUCAAGCUGAACAAAAGCAGCUUCUUUUAAAAAAAGCAUAUUCGCACUGUGUUUUAGUAAAAGUGUCCCAAAGCCACUAGUACUUUACUGUUUUAAGUUCUGACUGUAGUAAAAAUGUAUGGAUAUUGAAUGGAUAUAUUUUAAAUUUUCAACAUAAAAUACGUUCCACGUUAAGUCUUCAAGUCUUCCAUAGCUGAGCUGGCCUGCAGCAAACCUUGAGAAUACUGCUGUUUUGCCAGCAGCUUCACUGCAAAGCCUUGAAGACCAAAUGACCAAAAUGCAAGCCUGAGACAGACAUAAAAUUCUAAACCACCACAUUAAAGUAUUAACAAAAAAGUUGAUUCUACUCAUUAUGCUGUGAAGAGAGCUCUAUAUUUCAAAACCUAAUACGUGAAACUUAAGAUUAAAAGCCUUUCAAUAAACUUA